AUGGCACCGACGCGCUUCCCAAUCUGUUCAAAGAAAUCGUCAGUGAAGUUUUGCUUCCGUGACCCACUGAAGACUGGUACUGAGCACACUUGCAUCACUGCUGUGGAUAGCAGGCCUGUUAGAUUUGCGGAGGCAAGUUUUGAAUACCUUUUGCGGACCACAGGUUUGAAUUUAAUAGAUUUUCCACUGGUUGUCAUCUUCUGGAAUCCAUGGCCUAAUUCAGCACGAGUGAACCAGUUUCCUUGGUCCUCUUUGUAUGUGCCGAAGAUGGUAUGAAAGAAUACUUGUUUCGCCUCUAACUCCUUGAAAUGUCCCUCGUAUUCCCAUUUUAAUAGUUGAAUUAUUUUGUAUAAGUAGAAUCCACCAUUUCCUGAUACGUUGAAUCCUUUAAGUAGGGUGUUUCCUCCUACGAAACAUGUUGGUUUGUCCUCAGUAUCGAGUAUAAAAUCAUCAUCAUUUACUGGGAUUCUGUAUGCCCUCACCAAAGCAGUAACAGGAAAGAACAUACGGUUUGCCUGUCUGGCUGUAGUAAUCAUUAGGAUGUCUGCCAACAAUGAAAUUAUUCGCCUCACCUCUGCAGCCUUUCUUCCUUUCACUAUGUCUAAUAUUUCAUCAAUUAAGGGAAUAUGGGCCAUGGAUCUCUUCGCUGCAUCAGUCCAUUUUCUGCGGUAUUUUUCUUCUGCUCUUAUGUGACAGAGGAGAGCGGUUAGUGGACCCACACUUUGUGCCAUGGCGCCUCUUUUUUCAGGUGGGUAUGUGCUCCCUUCUACCAGGAUGUGGUGUGAUCCGUUGAUGCCAUAUUUCUCCAUAGGGAAGGAUGUUGAUUUGUCUCCACUUUUCUGUAUUGGCAUGCUGCUGUGACCAAUUCUGACUUCCGUGAGUCGAAGAUGGUUUGCAGCGAAGGUAAAUCUAUAUAUGGGGCUGCCGUACCGUACCAAUUAUCUUUGCUGUUCAGAUCAAUUUUUUUAAACUCAACUCCAGCACCUUUUGCAGCAUCCUGAGAAGCUUUGAUAGCUGCGUCAAAUGAUAUGAAGUAAGUGGUCCCUUUCGAUGCCAAUUUGAACAUUUUCUUCUCUGAUGAUCCUAUUAGACCGUUUGCCCUUUGUUUUAAAAUGUUGAAGAUCGAGUGUAUAAUGUUGGUGAUCUGAGCAGCUAGAUUUAUGUUCUCAUUUCCAGGAUCUAUCUCUUUGGGCAGAAGCACCUUCAGUUUUUCAUAGAAAUACACCGACGCACCGACGCGCUUCCCAAUCUGUUCAAAGAAAUCGUCAGUGAAGUUUUGCUUCCGUGACCCACUGAAGACUGGUACUGAGCACACUUGCAUCACUGCUGUGGAUAGCAGGCCUGUUAGAUUUGCGGAGGCAAGUUUUGAAUACCUUUUGAGGACCACAGGUUUGAAUUUAAUAGAUUUUCCACUGGUUGUCAUCUUCUGGAAUCCAUCGCCUAAUUCAGCACGAGUGAACCAGUUUCCUUGGUCUGUUAUUUGAGCCAAUAUCGUAAGGUCCUCUUUGUAUGUGCCAAAGAUGGUAUGAAAGAAUACUUGUUUCGCCUAUAACUCCUUGAAAUGUCCCUCGUAUUCCCAUUUUAAUAGUUGAAUUAUUUUGUAUAAGUAGAAUCCGCCAUUUCCUGAUACGUUGAAUCCUUUAAGUAGCGUGUUUAAUUCUACGAAAGAUGUUGGUUUGUCCUCAGUAUCGAGUAUAAAAUCAUCAUCAUUUACUGGGAUUCUGUAUGCCCUCACCAAAGCAGUAACAGGGAAGAACAUACGGUUUGCCUGUCUGGCUGUAGUAAUCAUUAGGAUGUCUGCCAACAAUGAAAUUAUUCCCCUCACCUCUGCAGCCUUUCUUCCUUUCACUAUGUCUAAUAUUUCAUCAAUUAAGGGAAUAUGGGCCAUGGAUCUCUUCGCUGCAUCAGUCGAUUUUCAGAGGUAUUUUUCUUCUGCUCUUAUGUGACAGAGGAGAGCGGUUAGUGGACCCACACUUUGUGCCAUGGCGCCUCUUUUUUCAGGUGGGUAUGUGCUCCCUUCUAGCAGGCUGUGGUGUGAUCCGUUGAUGCCAUAUUUCUCCACAGGGAAGGAUGUUGAUUUGUCUCCACUUUUCUGUAUUGGCAUGCUGCUGUGACCAAUUCUGAGUUCCGUGAGUCGAAGAUGGUUUGCAGCGAAGAAAUCUAUAUAUAUGGGGCUGCCGUACCGUACCAAUUGUCUUUGCUGUUCAGAUCAAAUUUUUUAAACUCAACUCCAGCACCUUUUGCAGCAUCCUGAGAAGCUUUGAUAGCUGCGUCAAAUGAUAUGGAGUAAGUGGUCCCUUUCGAUGUCAAUGUGAACAUUUUAUUCUCUGUGGCUUUUUUCUCUGAUGAUCCUAUUAGACCGUUUGCCCUUUGUCUUAAAAUGUUGAAGAUCGAGUAUAUAAAUGUUGGUGAUCUGAGCAGCUAGAUUUAUGUUCUCAUUUCCAGGAUCUAUCUCUUUGGGCAGAAGCACCUUCAGUUUUUCAUAGAAAUAGAUUAUGUAUUUCAGACAUUUGACUUUUUUGUCUGUUUCUGGCUGAAUUCUUGAUUUUUUCGCAGAGGAUAUGCUUGUUCCAUCGUCUGGGUCUACUAUGUCGUCCCGGGUCCUCUUUGUUCUGUUUACAGCUGUUUGAUCGGUUUCCAUAUUUGAGGUUGAAGCCAUUGUUGUUUCUCUGAGAUAAAGUUAAAAUUGGUAAAGAGUCCGUAUAGGGUAACAUGACAUGCUUUGGUAUGUCUUUGUAUACAAACAUCCAUAGUGCCAUCUAUUCUAUGUAAAGGUUCCAUCCCAAACCCCGAAAAGCACCUCCAAACCAUAACAGACCCGCCUCCAUGUUUGACAGUGGGCAAAGUGUACGUGGGGUUCAAUCUUUGUCCACUAGGACGUCUAACGUAAUGAACACCAUCUGAUCCAAACAUAUUGAACUUGGAUUCGUCACUGAAACAUGCCCUCUUCCAGUCACAGAUGAUCCAAUCAAGAUGCAAUCAUUUAAUCUUCUACUUAUAUUUUACGUAGAAACACUGACAAUUCCUUUUGUGCCGAUUUCGGCUUUUAUUUGUCUUGGGGUUUUAAACGGAUCUUUGGACGAAAUUACUUUUAUUAAUCUAACUGAUCUAGCAUUUAGUUUUCUAGGCCGACCACGCGGCAUGGUUUUAAAAUCACUCAACUUAUUCCACAAUACUUGAUGAACACAAAAGUAUGAAUUCGUUUUCUAAAGGUAUUCAGGUAAAUAUUCAUAUUUGUCUAUAUACGAGUACUUUUAUCCAUUACUGUAUGUCAAUCAGAGCGAAAAUCACUCAGAAAAACCAACUGAUCUGUCGCAAUAAACAUGUGAUUUGUUGGCUCUCUUUCGUCGCGGAAUUCCUGUUUAUAAACAGUUAACGUCAAGCGCAUUAUUCAAGUUUUGGGUUACGGCAACGGUGCGGAGCAUCGGAGUUUAUAAAUCGACCUCAAACAUUAAAUGCUUCUUUUCUCAAGUUUACAUCCAGUAAACUCCAAUAACGCUUGUUAUGUCAAAUAUCAGCGCGCUUUUCUAUAAGUUUUCCAAAAUGUUGGUUCCAACAGUUCUGUUUAAUUCAAAGACAUACUUUCUUACAUAGUUGUUUCUGACUUGGUCGAGCUGUGUCUCGCUAUUUUCGUGGAAGACUAAUUAGAUUUUAUUUAGUUAAGAAUUAUUUUUGUGCCAUUUUAAGAUAUAGCUUGUUGUAAAUAUCUAUAUAGUAAGAAAUAUAUUGAAUAUAAAGAUCGAAAUCUGCCUUAAAGUAUCUCUAAAUGUUGUCAACGUAGUUUGUAUCCAGAAUGUACCUUUACGCUUUAUUUUAUUUCGCGAGUGUCAGAACAGAUAUUUUUGUUCUUUGAAAACGUAUUGUCUUCAAGCUUGAAAAUAAUCGGUUGAAAAGAUACAUUGUUCAAAGCUUUUGUGUAAUAAAGAUAUGCUGAGAAGUAAAUAGAUGAUUUUGCUUUUUGUAUAAUACCGUACGUUUGUCAAGUUGAGGUACAUGUAUAUAAUUUUAUAAAUUAUCAAAGCAUCCCU